AUGGCCAGCUACAGCUCACGCUUCAUCCUGAAUCUCUCGACAAUUACCGCACCCCUACGCAGUCUCAUGAUAAAAGGGGCAAAGUUUGAAUGGAACCAGGAACAUGAAGCAGCGUGGCAAGCACUGAAAGGUUCUAUAUCGAAAACUGCAGUCUCAGCAUACUUUGACACAGCAAAGCACACCACGUUAUACGUCGAUGCGAGUCCAGUAGGGCUUGGUGCUAUGCUAAUGCAGGAAGGUCGAACAAUCAUCUAUGCCAGCCGUUCCCUAACUCCCACAGAACAGCGCUACAGCCAGAUCGAGCGGGAAGCUCUAGCCAUAGCAUGGGGUGUGAAUCGUCUCAACACCUACCUGUUUGGCCGCAAUUUUACCGUGGUGACCGACCACAAACCCCUGAUCCCAAUCUUCGGCAAGCCGAAAAUUGUUCCUUCAGCACGUAUCGCCAACUGGAUGUUAAAGCUGCAGCACUAUGACAUGGAUUUGGUCCAUGCUCCCGCCAAGACGAAUCCGGCAGACUACAUCUCCCGACACCUGCGUACCGACAAUGCUGCCACAUCACUUCCUGAUGUUGACACCUACCUCAACUUCGUGACCCAGCAUGCAACUCCCAAAACCGUGAGUCUUAACGACAUCCGCUCGGAAACGGCUCAUGAUCCAGCUCUUCAAGCUACAAUCGCAGCUUAUCGCAGUGGAAAGUGGGAAGAUCUCAAGGAAUCUCACCGCGCUAUGUGGAAUGUUUGCAAUGAGAUUACAGUCACAGAAGAUGAUAUUGUGUUGAGAGAUAAGCGUAUUGUGAUACCAGAAUCUCUACAGAUGCGUGUCAUUGAAAUCGCCCAUGAAGGCCAUCCAGGAAUUGUGCGUGAAUAUCUGAUGGUAUUGAUAGACGAGUAUUCACGAUAUCCAGUUGUGGAAACCGUUAGUUCAGUGUCUGCGAAAUCUGUAAUACCCAUUCUCGACAAGGUAUUAUCUGUGUUUGGAUUCCCGAAAGUAAUCAAAAGUGAUAACGGAAGCCCAUUCAAUUCGCAAUCUUUCGCUGAUUAUGCAUCUCACUGUGGAUUCCAGCAUUGGAAAAUCACUCCACAUUAUCCGCAAGCAAACGCCCAAGCUGAAGCGUUUAACAAACCACUCAUCACCGCUCUUCGUGCUGCACAUCUUGAAUCCAAGAAUUGGAAACAAGAGCUCUACAAGUAUCUUCGACAGUACCGCGCCACACCACAUUCUUCGACAAGUGUGACCCCGUUCCGCUUGAUGUUCGAUCGCGAUCCUGUCACGCGUCUCCCCGAGAUCAGUUCGCGUUCUACAUACAGCAACGACGAAAAUGCAGCAAAUCACGACAAAGCCAACAAGAAUGACGCAAUCGCUAAAGAAAAACAAAAAUCUAAUGCUGACAAGCGUCUUCGCACUGCUGAAUGUGACCUUUCAGUUGGUGACAUCGUAAUUGUGCGUAGAGACAUGUAUCAUGACAAACUAACCUCGCCAUAUGAUCCUAAACCCCUACAGAUCAUAGUGAGAAAAGGGAACAUGAUAACUGCAAAGUGCCUCUCAACCUUCAGAAGAGUCACACGCAAUGUGGCGAACUUUAAAAGAUCGCCAAUGCAGCCAAUGCCUGCACAAAAACUAGAAGUCUGA